UGAUUCUCAUUCCGUUGCAUUGCAUUGCACAUAGUCACGACUCGUUCAUCGUUCUUAUCGCGUUUCGACCGCAGUGGAAUAAAAUAGAGAAACGAAAUCGUAUCGUUACAAAAACGUUUUGCCGUUGUUGUUGUUGUAAUAAUAUUACAUGUUAUUAUUAUCCGCUCUCUUAUCCGAAUCGAAUUUAACAUUUAGCUUCCCGCCAGUCGCCAACAGACGUGCGUACCGCUAACACAUCAUAAUACCUAUGUUCGAUUAGCAAACGAAACCAUAAUAUUAUUAUUGUUUUUACUUAACUGUACCAGAAGAAAAUAUAUAGUAUAAAUCGUUAUUAUCAUUAUUAUACAUUUUUAUUGACGACCAAUAUAAUAUAGGUAUAUAUUUUAUUAUACCCAAGUCCACGAUAUCGUCGACGUGUGUUAAAAUAGUAUUAAUUGCAACUGUACAAAACAAACAAACAAAGGAUAAACAGAACAAUUCGUGUGUGUGCUAUUUAACUGUUUAACGAUGGCUUUCAUGAUGCCCGUGGUGAAAAAAGAUUAUAACAUUUACAACUCUAACCGCAGCCGGCGCGUGUCCGAGUGUGCCAACGACAAGUCGUCGUCGACGAUGGGUUCGUGCGCGAGACGCCAGCACGGCGGGUCCAAGUCGGCCGACGGCCCGUCGUCGCUGUCCACGUCGCCCGGUAGCGAUUUCCUGGCCGGGUCGCCGGCGCACCGGUCGCUCGGCGUGUCCAGGCAGUCCAACAGCGGUCAUCACCGGAACUCUUCGCGGAACUCGCAGUCCAGUCUGCAGAGUCCCGUCAAGUCUUCGUCGACGUCGUCGUCGCCGCCGAAGCUGUCGUCCACGUCGUCGCUGAACAUGUUCCACUCGAAACUCGUCGACAAACUCCGGCGGUCGCUGACGUCCAAGUCCAAAGACAAUAAUACUUCAUCGACGUCCAGCAAAGAUAUUGCACGGAGGAGAUCCUGAGAUAUGGCCAAAGGUGACGGUCACCCAAGGUCCGUUCCAAACUUGGCUCGGUCAAAUAAAAGUCGACCAACAUCCAACUUGGCGACAUCUUGUCCACUGGGCACCAACAUUGUGCUAUGACGAAACAACGUUAACGGCUAAGCAUAGUGCGCACGAGUAUACGGGUGAGUGCCAACACUUUGCUUAGAAUACAUUAUUUAUCACAUGAACUGCAUCCGAUGUGGAACUUCAACUCUGUUUAAACAAUUGUAUGUGUUUUAUAUAUUAUAUAUGGCUAAUAAUAAUAUUAGAGUAUUCUAAAAUUGUAUAAAUACAGCCUACUUUAAGUUGAUA